AUGUUUGGUCCCAAGCUCGUCACCCUUCUCCUCUCAGCCGCCGCUUUGGCAGUAGCUGCUGGUCCUCAGCUGGAUAUUGCUGCUAUUGAGGCAGCUGGUCCGCCGCCUCAGCCCACUAUUGCUACUAACGCUCACGAUCAAAAGGUAUCUUACGAUGCUACCUCCGCCAGUGCUGCCGCAGCGGCAACCCAGAGCGCUCAGGCCUUCGAUACCCAGACUGGUCCUGCGGAUGGCUCGACUAGCGACGGCUCCAAAGUGAAGCGUGCCGUCUGCGAUCCGCAGUGGACUGGAAAAGGACCUGUUCCAAGCCCCGAUACUGCCAGCGCUUUCCUGGCUUAUGGUCCGUUCGCCUCUUCGGCCAACGCGGCACCAACACCCACUGGCUAUAACCUGGCCUUCAAGAACCUCCAGGCCGGAAACAACGCUCUGGGCUACAUGGGCUUUACUCUGCUCGACACUUAUGACACGGACCUCUGCGCAAGCAAGUGCAACGAGAUCUAUGGCUGCAGUGCUUUCAAUAUCGCCUUUGAGCGUUCGCCGUCGAAGGAUCCGUCGCCAAAGGGUGGUGCCUGUGAUCAGCCCCCAACCACCACUUUUAUCAAAUGCGUUUUCUGGGGUGGACCUGUUACUAUUGCCAAUGCCGUCAACAGCGGUCAGUACCGCAACGAGUAUCAAGUAGUCAUUGCCGGCUCGAAUGGCUACGUCAACAAGUCUUCGGAUAUCGUUCCCGGUUACGGUCCAGGCAACUAUCUGGAUGGCAAGGUGAUUGUUGCACCAAAUGAUUGCAAUGACGCAACAACCUACAUUGGCAACCAGUAUUGGAACGAUGGCAAGCCUUUUGACACUGCUCGCUGUGCCGCUGCUUGUUCUGCUCAGACCGAGGCCAACCCAGCGACGCCUUGCCGCUUCUUCAACACCUACAUCAUUAACAAGAACAACCAGGCACAGGGACAGUACUGCGCUAUGUAUACUCAGCAGUGGGACAGCUCUUACGCCGUCAGCAACCAGGUCACUUACGACGGUGCCAUAUACCAGACUAGUUACUCCUACAGCUACACAGUCAGUGACUACAGCUAUACCUGCGUCAAGAACGCAUUCAGCUGUCCCAACCCCGGCUCAUGCUAUACCUAUCAACAGUGCUCCAACAGCAACAACGGGAACUGCCUCUGCGGAACUGAUACAGCCAACAACCCGCUUUGCCAUCAGCCCGACAGCUGCGGCUCACCAUCCUGCAACACGAACUCCGACUGCCAGAGCGGCUACGCUUGCCUCAAUGCCAACAACUGCUGCGGAACAAGUGUUUGUGUAGCGGCCACGGUCUGUGUCAACAAGAACAGCAAGCGCUACAUAUUCAGCAAGCGCCAGAACGACUCCGAAGUGAAGAUGACAAACUACAUUCCCCCGGCUGAUGCGCAGAAGCGUGAUGCGGAUGACGAGUGCACUACGGUCUCGUGCCCAAAUAGUCCCAGUGCCUAA